AUGGACAUCACACUUUCUAAGCUCAAAUACGCGAUGGGGAAGGAACCUGUGAAUGGAUUCAAGGCCAUAGACAAGUACUCGGACUUCAAGUACAUCGCCAAGGUGAAGGAGAUACUCGGGCCUGAGCAGUUUAAGAGAAUCGAGGACUCUUUCUUGGGUCCGGUAUUCGAAGGCUAUGUUUCCAACAUCCAAUCUACAAAAGCGCAACACAUGGAUGUAUUGCUGAAUCAUCACUGGGGGAAAGAUGCUUACGAAAUGCUGUUAAAAUCAGUGAAGAAGACUGUGGAGAAGAAUCUAGAAAAGUCCAAGUACCCUCUGGACGGGUUCCCUUUUGCGCUUCACCUAUGGAUCUUGGAAUCCGUACCCAAGCUUCAGUCGGCUUUCUCUACCAUUGACAAAACAAUGGAUGUCGUACACAUCCUUCCAAAAAUACAUGGUGACGUCGAAGACACCGUGUUUUUGCAAGACAAAUGCGAUGAAGAUCUGCAUUCGCUUGUGGAUCUGUUGGAGAAGGGUUUCAGGCUGACACAUGAUCACUGGAAAACAAAGAUUGUGAAGAGAGACGAUGCAUUGCCAUACAUUGCAUCGCAGUCAUAUCGCUAUCCCCAUUCAGAAAGAGCGAGACAAAACUCCCGACCACCUUCUUCAGACGAGUCAGUAGAGGCGAAGCUUGACCAGCUCAAGAAGAUAUUCAUAGAUGGACAGAGACAUAUCCGUUCUCGGCUAUCAAAAAUCGAGCAAAAGUUUGGCAUAUAUGAUCUUUCAGAUUCCAUUGAUGAGGAUAUAUCUGAUCACGUCUCGCCUCCUGUGCACCAUGAAACUGGUGUAAACCCAAUUGAGGUAGGACCUUCAAGAAAAAAGACUGUCAAUAGAAGUGGUGUGGUUGAAACAACCAAAGAAACUGAUAAGAUGAACGAUGAUGAGACAACUACGAGUAGCAAAGAACAGGAGGAAGCCCAAACACAGAUGGAAAAGGAUGAGAGGACCAACCAAUGGAGGAGCAACAAACUGUUAGCUAUACUUGUACAAACCCCGCCUGUGAUAUCGACAUCCAUGGAGACUGUUGGAGGCAAUGAACCCGCGGAGAUGGACAAUGAUGAUGGGAGCCAAGAAAAUAAUGAAACAACACCUGCUCUAGGUCCAAUCCGCAGCUAUUAUUUGAGGUACUUGAGCAUUGAUAAGUAUGAGAAUGUCCAAGAGAUGCGGAUCCGUCCUACACUGCCUCAGGUGCUUUAUGAAGAACAUGUCGCCAACGUUUUAGAGGCUGGGCAAGUCGUUGAGGUUUACCACAAUGAGCACUGGUGCAGAGGGUGUGUGGAAGCGCCUAUCGAGGGUACAAAGGUUUCUAUCCACCUAUAUUAUAUCGACAAAACACAACUGGUAGACGUUAUGGAUACGAGGAUUUUUAGACAAUGGGUGGACGAGGCGUGGGAUCCUCCUGUGGAUGUGGCUAUCCAGGAAGAUGCAGUGACGUCUGCUUCGCCCACCACAGUAGAAGACAUUGCAAAGCCUGUCUUCUUAUCAAAGGUUAAACCAGAGAUGGAGAAAGUGGAGAAGGUGAAAUCCAAGGAGGAGAAAGUGGAGAAGGCGAAAUCCAAGGAGGAGAAGGGGAAGAAGGAGAAAUCGAAGAAAAAGAAAGCGAAGAAAGAGCAGAAUGAAGAGCUAGAGAAAACAUCUCUAAGAAAGAGCAAAUGGUUCAAACAAACGGAUAUGUGA